AUGGUGGAAAUACCCACUGCGGAUAUAUCUAAGCAGUUGACUAUCAUAGGCUCUGCAACAUGUGGAAAGACAAGCAUUCUUACUAGGCAUGUGAAAAGAACGUUUGGAACUGAAAUAAGCCCCACUGUGUUCAACUCUGUUAGCAACACAUAUAAACACAAAGACCAUGUUGUUGAGCUAAGACUUUGGGAUACGGCAGGGCAAGAUGAAUAUGCCAGGUUCAGGCACCUUGCACUACCCUCUGCAGACUAUAUCAUGAUAGUGUAUGCUAUUGAUGACAGGUCUUCCUAUGCGGAGGUCAAGAACAGUCUUGUUGGACAAGUAAAGGAAAAGGCGCCCCAGGCCAAAUAUUUUCUUGUUGGUGCGAAAACCGAUUUAAGGGAGGAUAGUAAGAGGCUUGAGGAACUUGCUAGAAGUGGAGACUCCCCGAUAACCACCUCUGAAGGCCUAGAGCUUUCUCAAAGCAUCGGGGCGAUGGGAUAUUUUGAGUGCUCUGCAAAAAACAACAUUGGGAUUGAUGAUAUAUUUGAGAAGAUUUCGAAAUAUGCUUUAAAGAUACACCAGAAGGAAAGCAGAUCCUUUAUAGGGAGAAUACUCAAUUCUUUGUGGGACUUUCUUUGCUGUCAGCAAAUAAACUGA